AUGUCAAUGACACCAAUUAUCGGUUCUUCAACUUCCUCAGAAUUUCUAACCACUCUUUCUAAUGAUUUAUCUUGGUUGCUUGAAAACAUCGAAGAUUGCAACGUAACAUUACAAGUUGGUCGUGAACCAAAUGUUAGAAAUUUCUAUGCUCACAUAGCAUUAUUGAGAGCUAGAUCUAGUUACUUUCGUGUAGCAUUGUCAAAAGAAUGGGCAAAGCGUGAAGAAAAUGGGUCAAUCUUGUUCCGGAAGCCUAAUAUUAGUCCAGAAGUUUUUGAAGAGAUUUUAAAAUAUAUUUAUCGAGGAACUGUAGACUUUAGUGAACAAAGUCCACAAAAUCUUUUAAAUUUCUUAACAGCUGGUGAUGAAUUAAUGUUAGAUCAAUUUUGUGCUUACAUUCAAAAUUUUCUUAUUGAAAAAAAAGGCGAAUGGCUCGAAGAAAACUUAAUAGAUGUACUUCGUAUCACUCAAAGUUGUAAAACAUUAGCUAAAUGUAUUGAAUUAAUUAGAUUUUUUGAUAUUUCUUCAUCAGAUUAUUAUGAUUAUGUUAGACCUUAUAAAGAUAUACUUCCGUUAGAUUUAAAAGAAGAUAUAGUUAGAUGUCAUUUCAAACCAGGUAGUAUUCCAAAAUCAGUAGUUCUUCCACCAAGAGAUCAAGGAAUGAAUUUAGAUUCUCAAAUAAUUAAACCAAUUCAUGCAAGAAUUAUUUGUGAAUGGAUAAAUGGAAAAGAUAUAUUGGGUGAUGGAAAAAAUUUACAAGAAGUUCAGUUGAGUAGAGUUAGAGAUUCAGCAUCAGCAAUGUAUGGACACACAUCAUAUGGACCGCAUUUUGGAACUGCAGAUUUGAGAAUGUAUUCACCAUUUAAUAAUAGAGAAAAUUGUAGUUGUCAACAAGCAAAUUAUCGUAAACCAAUUACUGAACAUGUUAGAUUUUCUGCUGAAGAAUAUGAAGUUUUCCAAAUAACUCCAAAAUAA